AUGGAGGAGAGAUGGAGGAGAGAUGGAGGAGAGAUGGAGGAGAGAUGGAGGAGAGAUGGAGGAGAGAUGGAGGAGAGAUGGAGGAGAGGUGGAGCAGAGAUGGAGGAGAGGUGGAGCAGAGAUGGAGGAGAGAUGGAGGAGAGGUGGAGCAGAGAUGGAGGAGACAUGGAGGAGAGAUGGAUGAGAGAUGGAGGAGAGAUGGAGGAGAGGUGGAGCAGAGAUGGAGGAGAGAUAAAGGAGAGAUGGAGGAGAGAUGGAGGAGAGGUGGAGGAGAGAUGGAGGAGAGAUGGAGGAGAGGUGGAGCAGAGAUGGAGGAGACAUGGAGGAGAGAUGGAUGAGAGAUGGAGGAGAGAUGGAUGA